GACUCUCAAAACAGCGUGAUAAAUUAAGAAAUGUCUCAAACAUUGUAAAGGCAACAAAAAAUCCUGUCAGAUCGAUUUGUUGACAUCUUCACAACCCGGAAGUUACACCCUGUAGUGCAGUAUUUCCAGCCAGCCAAUAGUGGAAAAACGCCUCCGCCAAUGACUCAAGCGAAGGAAGGAGGUGAGAUUAACAGGGAUUCUCAGCAGCGGCGGUCCUGUUAGUACAAAGGGAAAUAAUCGCAAUGGGCAGCACCGACUCAAAAUUGAACUUCAGGAAAGCAGUGAUUCAGCUGACAACCAAAACACAGCCAGUGGAAGCCACAGACGAUGCUUUCUGGGACCAGUUCUGGGCAGACACUACCACUACGGUCCAGGAUGUUUUUGCACUGGUGCCAGCUGCAGAGAUAAGAGCUGUUCGAGAGGAGUCUCCCUCAAAUUUAGCAACCCUCUGCUAUAAGGCUGUAGAGAAGCUCGUGCAGGGUGCAGAGUCUGGUUGCCCAACAGAGAGGGAAAAGCAGGUGAUCCUUAACUGCACUCGCAUCCUCACCCGUAUCCUUCCCUACAUCUUUGAGGACCAGGACUGGAGGGGAUUCUUCUGGUCGACGGUGCCAGGAGCAGGGCGGGCUGGGACAGAUGAGCUCGAUGACGACGAUGGAGCUCGACCUUUGGCUGAGUCGCUGCUCCUGGCCAUCGCUGACCUGCUAUUCUGCCCUGACUUCACCGUGCACAGUCAUAAGAGGGGCCCUGACUCUGUAGAGAACAUGCAGUCUAUAGACAGCUGUGAGUACAUCUGGGAGGCAGGGGUUGGCUUUGCACAGUCUCCUCCUCUGAACUACAUCCAUGAUCUGAACAGGACCGAGUUGUUGAGACUGUUGUUAACCUGCUUCUCCGAGGCCAUGUACCUUCCCCCUUCAACGGACACCGGCGUGCUCAACCCCUGGGUGACAUUCUUCUGCUCCACAGAGAAUAGACAUGCCCUGCCUCUGUUCACCUCCCUGCUCAAUGUGGUGUGCGCCUAUGAUCCAGUGGGCUACGGCAUCCCGUACAACCACCUGCUCUUCUCUGACUACCGUGAGCAGCUGGUGGAGCAGGCUGUGCAGAUCCUUAUUGUGACGCUGGAGCAUGAUGGAGGGGUUCCCCACCGGCCACCAUCCCCGUCCAGCAUGGAGGAACAAGAGUCUACAGGCCCUGAAAACCUAUUUGUGAAUUAUUUGUCAAGGAUUCACAGGGAGGAGGACUUUGACUUUAUCUUGAAAGGUCUUGCCCGUCUGCUCACUAACCCUUUGACCCAGACCUACCUGCCCAACUCUACCAAAAAGAUCCAGUUUCACCAAGAGCUGCUGGUGCUUUUCUGGAAGCUUUGUGACUUUAAUAAGAAGUUCCUGUUUUUUGUCCUGAAAAGUAGUGAUGUGCUGGAUAUUUUGGUUCCUAUCCUCUACUACCUGAAUGAUGCCAGGGCUGACCAGUCCCGUGUUGGACUCAUGCACAUUGGUGUGUUUAUUCUGCUACUGCUGAGCGGGGAAAGGAACUUUGGUGUACGUUUAAAUAAGCCCUACUCCGUACAUGUGCCCAUGGACAUCCCGGUGUUCACAGGCACUCAUGCUGACCUGCUAAUAGUGGUGUUCCACAAGAUUAUCACCACAGGCCAUCAGCGGCUGCAGCCUUUGUUUGACUGCCUGCUCACAAUCAUCGUUAACGUGUCCCCAUAUCUAAAGAGCCUCUCCAUGGUGGCAGCCAAUAAACUGCUCCACCUGCUGGAGGCCUUCUCCACCAGCUGGUUCCUGUUCUCUGCAGCUCAGAAUCAUCACCUUGUCUUCUUCCUUCUUGAGGCUUUUAACAAUAUCAUCCAGUACCAGUUUGAUGGAAAUUGCAACCUAGUGUACGCCAUUAUCCGCAAACGUAAUGUUUUCCACCAGCUAGCCAACCUGCCGUCCGAUCCCGCUUCCAUCCAGAAGGCCUUACAGAGGAAGAGGAAGUCUCCAGAUGUCAUUUCUCGCACCAGCUCCCAGGAGACCGUUUCCAUGGAGGGUUCUCACCCUGCUGUGCCGGCAGAGCCAGGGACACUAAAGGCCAGCCUGGUCGCUAUGCCAGGCAUUGAUAAACUGACUGAGAAGUCCCAGGUAUCUGAAGAUGGCACCAUGGUGUCAGUUCCAAAGACAGACUCCCUACAGGCGGACCAAAGUGCAGCUGCUGGGACCAGCGAUACAGAGUCCAACUCAGGCAGAGACAAUGAAGAUGUUUUCUACACUGAGGCAGAAAUGGAGAGAAGACGUUUGUCCAGUGCAUCCUCAACAUCGUUUUGGGCUCCCACACCAGACUGGGUUGUUUCCUGGAAGUGUAAACUACCCCUUCAGACUAUCAUGCGACUUCUGCAAGUGCUAGUUCCCCAGGUGGAGAAGAUCUGCAUUGACAAGGGUCUGACAGAUGAAUCAGAGAUCCUGAAGUUUCUGCAGCAUGGCACAUUAGUGGGUCUGCUGCCAGUUCCUCACCCCAUCCUCAUCAGAAAGUAUCAGGCCAACGCUGGCACCGCCAUGUGGUUCCGCACUUACAUGUGGGGUGUUGUGUAUUUGCGCAACGUGGACCCUCCUAUCUGGUACGACACUGACGUCCGCCUUUUUGAGAUUCAGAGGAUGUAAACACUGAAAACGGGACUGCUCAACUCCAAAGGCUCUCUUCUCUUCAGUAUCUACUGGUUUCCCAAUGAACAUCACUGUGUUUGACUUGCCCCCUUGUAUCCUCAUGAGGACUGUGAAUCAUAAGAGAAGAUGACUGAAUAAUCAAAACUGUCCACACACUACUAUGUUUGUAGAUUUCUGUUCACCUCAAGACCAUAGAAUGUCCAUCAGUGCACUGAGAUUAACAUUUCCUGAGAGCUGAGGCUCUUUUCUUCAACUUUUCGGUCGGAGUUAUCAAAGAGGAUGUGGUGCUUUCCAGCAGAGGCUUGUGACUUACCUUGGACAGCACGAUUUCUGUGUUUCACGUUAUUAGUCGUACUUGCCAUGCUUUAAAGUGAACUUGCACUUUUUCUGAGUCGUCUGUUUUAAUGGUUGUAGUCUGUGACGAUGUAACUUUACUGGAUUUUGGAGACAAUAAUACAGAUUGUAUGUUUUUAUGUAUUUGACCAGGUUUAGGUUUUGACCUGGGUGGCUAUGCUUUCAAUGCUUAAUGUUGAGAAUUGUAUUUUCCUUAAAUUAUCCUGAAAUAUAUAUUAAUAUGCAUCUGUGAAUUCUGUGUUGGUCACAUUACUGACACCAUUUCCUGUAAAUCUCUUUCAUGCAUUAU